AUGGAGUCUACAAAAGUGAUGCAACAUUUUACAGCAUAUUAUUUAUUCCAGUCUGAGAGAUGUCUCUGUUUGAAUGUUUUAACCUCAACUGAAGGUUCUAAAUCAUCUCAAUAUUGUACUAUUGAAUGUAACGACACGAAUAAAGACGUAUACGUACGAGACUGUGGGGGAAUUUCACAUUACAACGUCUACAGAACAACCAGAACGGCUGAAAAAUAUAAUAACACAGAUCGAUGUCAGAGGAUAAAAUGUUCCAAAAGGAAUGGAGCCUUUGAGGGUGAAUAUAAAAGUACCAUUUGCGAAAUUGCGUACAGAAAGACGUGUACCGACACAAAUGCAUCGUUUGAAAGUCGUCGAAAUAAAGAAACCACAGGAUGGAAAGAAUCCCUACAGAGCUGUAAAUAUUCAGGGGCGUAUUUACUGGGAAACCUAAGCAUUAAUGAUACAACAGGUGCUUGUCAGGUCAUCAAUAAUAUCAGAGGUAUUCCUAAUUCCGAUAUUUGGAUAGGCAUUACAAGACAACCAGUGCUUGUAAGUGAUGAUAUGGCAGAUAAUAUAGAGGAAAAUGUGAUACAGUGUCAAAAGUGUUCCAAUCAACGAUGUAGCUUUACUAAAGAAUGUGGCGGCCAAGCUAUUGCUGUAUGUAAACAGUCACAGAAUUCAGGAGAAGAAAUCCUAAACGACUUUAGUACUGUAACACUGAACGCAAUGGAUACUACUUCUGAGAAAUCGGAUAUAAAGAGUACAGAAAUCACAUCUAACCAAUCAGAUAUGGACAAAGAUGACAUAAUAAUCACAGUGACUACAAUAAGCAUCAUUCUUUUGAUCCUCUCUCUUUCUGGAUACUGCUUUAUAAGGAAAAUAAUAUUUGGAAAAAAGACACAUAAAGCCUUAAAGUCGACAAGAUUUUAUAACAAAACCUAUCAGGAAGGUGAUGAUAAAGCUUCUGGAGAUGACACAAUACAAGGGCUGCAGACAGAUCACUAUACUUCUGUAGAACCUUUUGAAGCAGUUUCUAAAGAGGAAUACAGUGAAAUAGGUAUUUACAAUCACCUCAGAGACAAGGAACAAAGAAAGGACCAAACCGGGGACUUAGGUUUUUACAAUCAUCUUAGAGACAGUAAACAAAAAAGGGAUCCAAACGGGGGCGUAUAUGACUGUGCUUCUACACACGAAUCUGCGGCCUCAGGUCAUGGGAAUGUUGAUCACAUCUACGAUCAAUCCAUUAGAGAUGUAUAUGGGGUAACAGAGCCUGAGUCUGGCCUUGAAGGUGAUAAGUAUCACAUUGGACCUAUUCUGACAGAAAACACGUACGACCAAACAAAGGUUAAUUCUGCGGAACAAGAUAUAGACGGAGAGUAUAGUCAUCCACAAGAUUUACAGACGGAACACACGUAUGGGAAAGUGGAAGUGGAUACUGGGGCUUUAGAUGAUGAAUAUUGUCACACAGAAGAUAUAGAGACAGAACCCUAAAGGAAAAACAACAACCAAGAAGUUCAAUGGAGACACGUAUGAUAACAUGAGAGGUUUAACACAUAAUGAUUUGGCAGUUAUUUCGAAUGCACGGGAUGCCAUCCAUAUUUUUUACCUUCAUGAAUUACAGAAAAAAUAAAACGUGUCACACCAGAGUUCGGAAAUUAUUAAAGAAAGAAACUAUUUUUCAACAUUGCACCUAGAGACAUUGUCUGAUUUCCUAGUAAGUCAAGUCAAAGGAAAAGCAGAUUUAUUAACAAUUUUGUCG